AUGCUGAAUUUCUUGUUAUUCAAGGUGAUAUUUGUGGGGGCAGUAAUGGAACCGGUAUGGCAGCAUAUCUUGAGAUUAUCCAUAUGGAUCGGCGUGCUGGGAUUUAUGAGAAUAUUCAGUUUACUCAGUCGCGAUAGAUUAGAUAACUUGACCACUAUUGCAUUUGUUUCGAUGAAGAAAUACUACAAAAUUACAGCUUUUUUAUCAACAAUCCUCUUCAGUAAUAUUGUAUGGUACAUGGGUACACUUUAUUUUUUCCCAGCGUCUAUAGCGUUUCUUACAUUAGAAUUUUUACCGGUUGUACUGGAUACAUUACAAGUAUUAAUCAGAUAUUUAACCCAUUUGAUGGAUCAAUGGAGAGAUAAUGGAUUCGAAAGUCGACGGCUGAUCAAUUACUAUACUGAACUCAGCGCAGAUGUUUUGAUACUGGGCUGUACGCUAUUACAGUAUCUACAACUAAUGUGGAUGCAUGGGAUCUCCUUUGGUUUUGUUGAUAUUGUGUUGUUUUUGAAUGUGCGAAGCGUUUUAAAAAACUUGUAUUCAAAAAUUGUCAUGUAUCGUGACCGAUGGAAAGCUAUGGCAUAUGUACGAGAUCAAUAUGUUGAUGCAACACCGGAAGAGUUGGCAAAUUACAAUGAUGACUGUGCUAUCUGUAGAGAAAGAAUGAAAACAGCCAAAAAGCUUGCCUGUGGGCAUUUAUUCCACUUGUAA